AUGAUUUACAUAACUGUCACCAGUAUUUUGACUGUGGCCUUCAGCACUUUAGAGAAGAUUCUAGAGCCGUCAUUAUUAUCAAGCCCAACUGAACUAGCCUUCUUUGGAAACCUUGUGUUAAAAACCAGUGAGAAACUCAUCUCUACAUUAGUGAAGCCAACGGACACAAGUUACAGUGUCAAUUUUACUCUCGCUGCUAUAGAGGGUCAAGUCUUCAUGCUUGGACCAAAUGUCACCUUAGAUAAAAUCCCUCAACUCGACACGACAAAUUCUUCUGUGGAAAUCGAUCUCAUUGGGAUCGCCAAUAACAACAAUGGAAGAUCAGCUGCUGUGGCUUUCAUGAGCUACACAAUGAUGGAGAAUCUACUGAAGCCAGACUUCUUUAACACACCAGAAAACAUGAUUAAAACCAUGAUGUCCACUGUGAUCUCAGCUACUCUUCCCAAAACCACCAACACUAAACUCACCAAACCAGUCAACUUCACCUUCAGACACAUCAGAGAGUUUGAUCCCAACGGUUCUCUGUCCUGUGUGUACUGGAAUAUCAAUGAGUGGAUUGUAGAUGGAUGUUCUGUUUUAGAGACCAACAGCAGCUACACUGUGUGUUCCUGUGAUCAUCUGUCCACAAUCGCUCUCAUCAUGCAAACCAGCUGUGCACCAGAGAUUGACUCACUGCUGUAUCUGUUGAAUUUUAUGUGUGUGAGCAUGGGGCUGGUGUUCUUCACUUUAGCCCUGUUGACCUUUGCCCUUUGUCAGUGGAGCCCUGGAGUGAAUAAUGUGGCUCGAAUCAACAUCUGCAUCAGUCUUCUGCUGGCUCACCUUCUGUUCCUUCUCACACAGCAUUUCUUAAGUCUCAUACGGCCUCAGCAGGUGUUGUGUGCCGUGAUCUCAGGCCUUCUGCACUUCCUCUUUCUCUCCGGCUUUGUGUGGAUGUUCAUUGAAGCUGUGCUGCUCUUCAUCUGUGUGAAGAACCUAUCACAGAUCAGCUCCAAGAAGAGGGAGGUGCUUAGCAGUGGAUUCCUGUGUGUGAUUGGAUAUGUGGUUGCUCUGGUUGUGGUGUGUGUGUCUGCUUUGGUGGAUCCCAAAGGCUACGGCAGUGAACUCUGCUGGAUUAAAAUGGAUAAAGGCUUCAAUUGGAGUUUUCAGGGUCCUGUUUUUGUCAUACUAGCGUUAAACAUGAUUAUCUUCAUAAAGAUCGUCACCACUGUGAACUCGGCUCUCAAAAAUCUCAAUGUUGAGGUUUCACAGAUGAAAAAAAACAAGAUUAUGGCAUUUAAAAUUCUGGGUCAGUGUGUGGUUCUUGGUUGCCCCUGGAUUCUGGGUAUCUUCAUUAAUGGCAGUGAGGUGCUGGAGAUCAUCUUCGUGAUCUUGAUCUCUCAGCAGGGAACCUUUAUCUUCCUGAUCUACUGUGCCCUCAAUAAUGAGACGUUCCCAGAUCCUCCUUACAAGGUUCUGUGA